CCAAAAAUUUGAACAACUGUCUUCUUCCUUCUGAAUCGGAGGCAUUGAAAGCCAAUUUUUGAGCACAGCAAAGUAAGCCACAGAAAACAAUUUCUAUUUCCAAAUCUUCACCAAUUCACUGACAUAUUAAAACAAAGUAAUCUUUGUUUUCGAUUGAAUCUCUUCCUCUAUUCUUACAAUCAUAUUUACAAAUGUCUAGUCACGUUCUUGAAUCUGCCCAAAAGCCGCAACUACGUAAAGCCUUCAAGCUCCUCAAAACCCACGCUUGUAAGGUCGCCAAUUUCACUCUCCAGUGGCAAGACCUUGAAGACCAUCUUCGCUUUAUAAACUCCCUAAUCGAAUCCAAAAUCCAACUCCAACAAAACACCAUCGAAAACACACAAAACGACAAUAACCCAGAAAGCAAACCAUUAGUUUCAACCCAAAACAACAAGAACCCAGAUGCUGAAAUCAGCAAUGAAGAAAAAACUGAAACCCAAACAAGUUCUUUACCUGUAAAGAAUGGAAAAGAACUAAUUUUGUACAUUAAGGUACAUAGAAAAGAUGUGGGUAAUAGAUUGUAUUGUUUGUUUAAGGCUGUUGAUGAUCCUGGGAAAUUAGUACUUGAAGCUUUACAAGAGUCUUAUCCACCUGGUUUUAGUAAAGGCGAGGCAGUGGAUUCUGAGAUAAGGAGGAAUUUUGUGGUGUUGUUGGAGGAGUUUGGGAGAGUGAGAGACAGGGUUGAGCCACAUGUGAGAGAGGAGGCAAAGAGAUUAGCUGUUGAAUGGAAAGGGAAAGUGGAGAAUUCAUUGGAGGCUUUGGGGUUUUUGCAGCUUUUGAUUGGUUUUGAUUUGGUGGGUGAGUUUGAUUCUGAUGAAAUUUUGAAGCAUUUUGAUAAUGUUGUUAUGCGCAGAGAGGCUCCUGAAUUGUUAAGGGCUCUUGGGUUUGCUCAUAAGGCUUCUGAGAUUAUCCAAAAACUGAUCAAAAAGUACCAGCAACUUGAGGCUAUUAGAUUUAUAUAUGAAUUCGAUUUGGUUAAACAGUUCCCUCCAGUGCCCCUGCUUAAAGCCCAUGCUAAGUAUGCCAAGGAGGUCGCAAACAAGAUUCGCAAACAAGGAAAUAACUCACCUAAAGCACAGGAUGAUGCCACAAAGAGCGAAAUAGCUUCUCUAAGAGGAAUGAUAAGAUUCAUUAAAAAUUACCAGCUUAGUUCCCAAUACUCGCCCAAGAUCCUUAGAAAUCACAUUCAACGACUGGAGAGACAGAGAAAAGAGAGCAAGGAAGACGCAAAGGUCACUGUCUCUAAUGCUCAGUCCCAGCAACAGAAAGGAAAUAAACGUACAUCCCCUGCUUCCAAGGCUCAGCAGAAUAGGAAUAAGUGGCCACGGACAGUUGCUGCAGAUGCUUCUGCCAAUACAUCUCAGGCAAUUCACUCAAAACAACCAUCUCACCAUCAGCCAGCUAGCUUGUUUGCAGGUCAAGGUGCACAACAUUCAACCCCAUCAGCUGAUAUAGAUGCACCAUCAAAAGAUGUCGCAUAUGCUUAUGGCGGUGCUGCCUCCAAUGUUCAAUCCAUACAACCAUAUCCUAAUCAGCUGUCGGAUCCGUUAACACGUGCACGAUGUUUGGCCCCAUCUUUGGAGAAGUACCAUAUUGCAGGUCUGGAUGGACAAGCUUCAGCUGGAAUUGAUGCGCUAUCAAAAGCUGACUCGUAUGCUCAUGUUGGGGCUGACUCCUACUCUCACUCGGUACAACCGCCCCUUGGUCAGUCAACAGGCUUGUUACCAGGUGCACAAGAUUUAAUCCUGUCGUUGACGAACUACCUUUCUGCUGUCUCCAUGCCUGUUACCUCAUAUACAACCACGGCACCUGGACCCUAUGGAUUGGUGGGCUCUGCUGCUGUCCCCCCACAUAUGAGCUCAUCCCUUGGAACAUAUGAUAGGACUGUUCCUGCAAAUGGGAACUCUGGGCAGUUUGGAUUGGAUAGAAGCCAUGCACCAUUGAACUUUGCUUCUAAUGCAAACACCAAUGUGUCUGCCCCGUAUUACCAUGGGGACCUGCAGAGCUCAUAUAUGUAUUACAAUAGACAAGCAUCUUCCAGUAGUGCGGGCAUGGCUCCAAAUACAAGCUCGAAUGCAUUUGGUUAUUAUGAUCGGCGAUUAUCCACUAGUGGUAAUUUUGGUUUGUCAUCUGAAUACCCACCAUCAGUUUAUCAUCCUUAGUUAUUAGUUUACCAGCCUUA